GCCCACUUGAGGUAUUGCUCUUUUUUCUCUCUGCGGAGGGACCGCUCCAUUCAUAGGGCAGGGCAGGCAGGCGAGCAGGCUUGGCAGCAGAAACAUAAAGCGACACAAACACCGUCUGCGACGAGGUGUGGAACCGAAACGAUGGUCUUGCGUUAAACCCACCAGCCUUUCCCCCCUUACACCCGCGAAAUCUUCGCUGGCCAUUUUUUUUUCUUCCAUCGGAAAUAUCACGAAACCAAACCUUCACCUUCUCCUCAGAAAUGGACCUCUAGAGUCUCGGCUGAAUGUUCCCAUCCUUGUUUUUUGCCGCGGAAAUAGACUGACUUCCUCGUCGCCUGUUCAUCUGCUGCCGCAGACCUACCCCUUCAUUUGACUCAUUUGGCCCAGACCGUCUGCAGACUCACUGGCUCAGGCAUCUGGACACAUCGGGGCUGCUUUUGCCAUCUUUGGGGGAUACAGGAAAAAAAAAAAAGCAAAAAAAAAAAAACGUGCUUUUUUGUGCUUCUUGCGCUGCCUGUAUGAUGCCGACACAUUUGCGUUUCCGGAGAAGGUCAUUCCUUGGGCUUUUAUUCCUUUUUUCACUCUCCACCUCGGUACUCUAUUUCAUCUACUCCGCCCCCGGAAUCGUGAAUGAGUAUGUGUUCAUGGUCCAAGCCAGAGGAAUUCAGAUCAGAGAGAACGUGAAGAACAUAGGGGCUCAGGUUCUGGAGCAAGUUGUGAGAGGGGCCUACAGCAUCAAUGGCACAGAUUAUUCCUAUGACUUCAACUUCAGUGAGAGCGAUGCUCCUCCCACCACAUACCUCCCUGAGGGUUUCACAUACCUCCCUUCGCAGGUUUGCCCCGAGAAGCUGCCCUCUAUGAAGGGCAGGUUGGAAGUGAACAUGACUGAAAUAUCUCUGGAGGAGGUCGAACGGUCGUUGCUGGAGAGAGUGCCCCGUAUGGCCCGGGGAGGCUUCUGGAAGCCCAAAGACUGUUUACCUCGCUGGAAGGUGGCAGUCCUUGUUCCAUUCAGGAACCGUCAUGAACACUUGCCCAUCCUACUGAGACACCUGGUGCCUGUGCUGCAAAAGCAGAGACUCCAGUUUGCCUUUUAUGUCAUUGAGCAGGGAGGAACAGAACCAUUUAACAGAGCCAUGUUGUUCAACGUGGGCUUUAAGGAGGCCAUGAAGGACCUGGACUGGGACUGUCUGAUCUUCCAUGAUGUUGACCACCUCAUGGAGAACGACAGGAACUACUACGGCUGCACAGACAUGCCUCGACAUUUUGCUGUCAAACUUGACAAGUACUCCUACAUGCUUCCGUAUAAUGAGUUCUUUGGUGGUGUCAGUGGCCUGACGGUGAAGCAGUUCAAAAGAAUUAAUGGAUUUCCCAAUGCGUUUUGGGGCUGGGGAGGCGAGGACGAUGACCUCUGGAACAGGGUGCAGUUUGCCAAUUACAGUGUAAGCAGACCGUAUGGAGACCUGGGACGCUACAUGUCCAUCCCGCAUCAUCACCGCGGAGAAGCCCAGUUCCUGGGAAGGUAUAGUCUACUACGUCACUCAAAGGAGAGACAGAGUGUGGAUGGUCUUAAUAAUCUAAACUACUCGCCCCUAAUUUCAAGAAGUCCCCUCUUCACCAACAUCACAGUCAGCUUGAGCAGAAAGCUUGCACCCGUGGCUGACUACUGACGUAGGCAGAGCUGGACUGCAAAACACCUGGGAAUAAAAAGUCCUCUGGGACAUCAGCCAUAUCUCACCAGUUGCGGCACUGCUUAGGACAUUUUUUUUUCUUUUUUGUUUUGCUUUGUGUUUUUUGUUUGUUUGUAUGCAAAAAAAAGAAAAGGAGACUAAAAUUAGUAUGUUUGAUAAUUCAUCUAAAAAAAUAGGGAUAAAUGCUGCACUUAUUCGUGCCACAGUUCAUUACUCUUCAUCUGGGCUUGUGUACACGUCAGUCUCCACAUGCCUUUUGCACCAUUUUGGCCUUCAGCAUCCCAUUUGUCAAGUUUGUUCCUAAUUUUUCGCUCUUGAUUAGCUCUGCCCUGAGCUGUUGUGCUUGAUUACUGAAUUAGGUUACACAUUCAAGCGCGCACACACUGGCUAUACAUGUAGGCACACAGGAAUAUGUACUUGCAUGUGCUCACAUGGGGGGCAGGAGCUGGGAUUUAUAUCUUUUUUUUAUUAUUAUUAUUAUUUUGGUUCUACUCUUCUGAUUUCGUAAAUGCAGUAAGCCUGUGGAAAAAAAAAUGCAUGCACACACAGAACCCUUGCAGCAUCACACAGGAACUUCACUUUAGUUGAUUUGUGCAGCUGGUUCUGCAAUGGUUAUGCCAAAUCCGCAAGUAAAGAUAGUUAGAGAAGAUGAUAUAUUGUAUGAGAAAUAGUUUAUUCCAAGUUCUGAGAAUAUAAUUUCCUUGAUCAUCUGUUUUUGGUUUAGUGAACAUACCAUUUAAAGACUGUGAUGUUUGUGUUUGCAUCGUUCCAUUGAAUGUUCUGGCUGCCUGCUAGUGGCUGUAUGUUGGAGUGCAAUGCUCAUCCUGUUAGCAAUAAGCUGUAAUAUCAGACAGCAGAAAUUAGCCCUAACUUCCUUAUUGUACAGAUGCAAUAGCAUGGGUGCUAGCAUUCCCUUGUUGGACUACGGAAAAGGAGUGACUGCGUAUGCAAACUUAAAAUUCAGCACGCUUUGCUUAAGCAAAACGUGGUGCCCCUUUUCUUUUUCAGAACUCACGUGUUCCUUGUGUCUGUGUGCGAGUGAGGGCAAGCUAUGCAAAUGGCCUGCAUGCAUCUGGUCGCCAGGGAAGGAGGAGACGCCGUCUCCGAACUCCUGUCUGGCUGACUUUAGACCUCACUCUGUGUGCAGCCUGUAAAUCUAGGCCAGAAAGAAAUAGGUGUAUUUUUAGACCCCCUUUGUUCCUAAUGUUUACUCACCUUCAGUUUUUUACAACAGAGAAUUGGAGGUAGUGAAUACUUGACUGGUGUAACUGUCACUGGUGUUUACAGAAGCUUUAGCUUUAUUUUUCCGAUUGUCUAGUGUUUGUAAUCGGCUCUCCUCCUCCCAGGUUGCUGCGAACAGUUUGUGUCCAGCAUCUCCUUUGCGGCUGCCUUCGUUCCCCUUUUAUAUUAAACUGACACUUGUUUUGCUUACAUAGAGAAAAAGGCGGAUCUAAAUGCUCAUUCACAUGUGUCAUGUAAUAAGUACUGAUUGGCUGUGUCCAGGCUCUCCUUUGUUUGAAUCAGACUUUGAAGUGUUGAUCUAGAUUGAGACUUAUCUGUAUUUUUGGAGAGGAGUGCGGCCUGACUCUGUUCUACAGCACAAAAUGUCAGUCCUCUCAAGAAAUGCAGCAGCUCCUCUCCUGUUUGUUUAUCAGUGUUGAUUUUGCUUUUUGUUUUUUUGAGGGGUGUCGAAUAUCCCCAAACUAAUGUAGUUUCACUUUUAAUAUGUCAAACAGACAUACUAUCCUCACUGUCUUCUUGUCAUGCAGCUACAUCAUUUCACACAAAUCGCCUUGUAUACAUUUCUAAUCUCCUGGGAGACAUGUACGUAAUGGACAAAGCUGUUGGAUUUCAAUGAUAAAAUACAAACUAAAGGGGCUGGACCUCUUGUCUAUUUAUUUGAUAAAUUACUUGCUUUUAAUUGUUCAGUUUUUAUUUUUUCUUGUGGGUUGACGUGAAGAUUUAGGAAGUGACAGACUGUGUUAGAUGCACUGAAACCUAGACGUGUGUGUAAUAGCGUGGGAUCCUGAGGUUUGGUUCUGUGAAAAUGAGGGUGACUCCAUUUCAUUGUGAGACGGAUAUCUUGCCUUUCUAAGAAUUGCAGGAAUGGUUUUGCUGUAAUGAGGUGAAAUGAGAUGGAAUAGCACCCAUACUGUAGCUUGGUGUUAUUACUCUUCUGAGCAGACGCGUUGGAGGAAGCCAUUUUGUGUGAUAACCACUGGAAGAGCAAGACAGAGUUUUAAAAAUGCUAGUGGCCAUUGCCUUUCACUGAUCACCUCCAUUAUGCUGAUGAUAAUCGAUGGUAGUGACCUGCCGGAGCUCCCUCCGGGGGACAUGCUUACUGGGGCCAAUUUUACCAUCAAGUAGUCUGAUACUGAGCUGCAGAAACAUUGAGACUUCUGGCUGUUUCAUUUAGUUUCGUCAUCUUUUCAUUUUUCAUGUGGGCUCAAUAUAAUUUCUCAUUACAUAUAUCGUAUGAACAGAGGAUCUUAGAAGUGCUCGCUAUCCUUUUUCAAAUACCAGGUUUCUGUUUAGAUAUGUUGACCAUUUCGCCAUAUAUGUCCUGUAUAGUGGAACUAAAAAAUUGGACAAAGUAAAAAUUACAAAUAAGUGUACCCAGCUGCAUUUUGAUUCACAAUUUCAGCCAUUCUGUCUUUGGAAGUACUAGAACAGCAUGCUGGGUCUCCACAUUUGUUCACUUUGAGGCAUGCUUGGAUGCAUAUUGAUGGAAAAAUAAAACCAUUCCUCAUCUUCAGCUUUAAAGCAGAAAAAUUAGAUCAAACUAUGAAUCAUAAGAGUUUUUCCUCACUUUCGUCUGCCUUGAUAUAAUAAGCUGCAGCUUCAUCUGAAGAAAGGAAACUUCAGGGCAUGAUUUGGUAUUUGGUACUCAGUUUUUGGCAGAAUGUGUUGUUUUGAUCCUCAACAGCCUUAAUGACCUAAACUUUUGAAUUGUUAAACAUUUUGGUAUCAAAUAUUUUAGGAAAAUUGAGCAAGGCUUGAAUUUAUUUAGUAUAAAAUGUCUUCUUGGAGAAUAAUAUUGUCACAUCAGGCAGCCUCUGUGGUUAACAUCUUGGUUUGCCUUGUACAGUAUGUCACCAAUGCCCCAUCCUGUCCUCCAAGUAUCGAUGACUCAUCUUUACUUAUACCAUGGAGUACAUAUAAUAUAUAUACCUUUUUACAAUUACAGGGUUUUUGCAAAUUAUAAAUAGAAUUGUCAUCUGGCUUCAUGCUGCAGAUAAAAAAAUAUCUGACUUCUAUUUCAGGUUAAUCAAAUUCACAAUAUUUGGUGGCAGAUUUGAUCUAGAAACGACUAAAUGCUGAAACUGAAUCAAAAUACACUGGAUGAACACUUUGAGAUACAGGGUUAAGAAAUGCUUUAUCAAUCUUUUUUCUAACACAACAACCUGGCAUUUUAAUGAGUGCGUGUGCUUCAGACAGCACCUCUGUGUGUAUAUAUAUAUAUAUUUAGAAAAAAGCUCUAGUUUAUUCCCAGAAAGGAAGCAUGCAUUUACCUUCCAGCUCCAGACUAGGGAGGUGCCCAGUGCAAGUCAUGGACAAUAGCAAGCAGUUGUGUUAAGUUUUCUUUUCCAUGUGUGUUUGAGUGAAAUGGCUUAAACCUGUCAGAGGUGCAACCAUCCUCCAUAUAAUCUUAUUUUCCAAGCUUUUUUUAUUAUUAUUUGUAAAAAGAAAAUUCCGUUUUGUUUACCAGCACUGAUGAGAACACAUUUUUUUUAUGUUUUUUUUUUGUUGUUAUUGUUUCCUGGUUGUGAACAACUGGCAAGUUCUCCAUGUAGUUAAUGACAUGUACAUGAUACUCUGUAUACUAUCGCUAAACAUAUAUAUAUAUAUAUAUAUAUAUAUAUAUAUAUCAUUUUAAAAAAAAAUUAUUGCUUUAAAUUAAAAGCUAAAUGGACAUCUAGCCAAGCCAAAUGGUUUUUAGUGUGAGUGUUCAGGUGAAGAUUCAGACUGUGAGUUACACCCUCAAUCUACAGAGGCCCUCAGCAUUCUCAGAGUCAGUAUUAGGCUCUAUAUUUACAUUACACCACAAGCAGCCGCAUCAGCUCUACACUUUAAAGAUGUAUUUUCUUUGAUAACUACUGAACAGCUUUGGCCACUAGUUUACUCAUCAGGGGAGUUGAACUGGGAACUGAUUCCUGUGUGAAGAUAGCAGGCACGACCUGCCGCUCCCUAAAGAGGCUUCUUCAUAUCUUGAUCUCACCUGUCCUGAUCCGUUCAGUGCCAGUUUAAAUGAAGGGACCAUUCUUUGGGCAUCUGACAAGACUGGCAGCCUUAAAGCUUUUUAAUUUAUUGCGGUUUUAUUUUGUUCUGUGUUUUUUCACUUGAGUUUUCAUUUUAUUUUUUUUUAUAAGCAAGAAUAUUUAAAUUUAAAGAAGUGCAUAUCAAGAAGAUAAUUGUAAAUAUCGUUGUUGUGUGUAGUGUUUUAGAAAUUCUAUUAAGGUCUUAAAUCACUACAGAUGCUAGCAUAAAGAACAAGGCUUCGGGGGGGUGGGGGGGUGCCUGGGUCGGGGUUUAUCUGGUGCCAUUUAAAUGCUAGUGGAGCUUACACAUCAAUGUUUUUACAUCACUGCUUCCGAGCACAAACGGUUUCUUUUUCUUAAAAAAAUAAAAUAUAAAAUUUGAAAUUACUCACAUGAUCACAAAGUUUUGCGACUUCCAGUGUCUGCAACUUCCCUGACUGAUGAGACGCCUCAAGUUUGGGUGUGGAUUCUUAAAUAAGAAUGCCUGUGUCAGUGGGCAGCAGCAAGGUCACUGGAAUGCAUUACUACAUGAUUAUAUUAUUAUUUCAGGCAAAAAAAAAAAAAAAAUGUCUUAAAUAGCAAAGAAACAAAGGCACCAAAACCCAACGACACAAUUCACUUCAAAAUGCUAAAGGACG